AUGAGUGUGAAUUCGAAAAGGCAAGCUCAAUCGAAUAGGAGAGCAAGGCAUCCAAUAGCUUCAUCAUCAUCUACAAGUGAUCAAGCCACCAAAGAUCGACUUGAAGCUUUGGAACGGAAGUUUGCUAAGUUGGGGAAAGCUGAAAAUCAGGGUGUUGCUGAAGUUUCUCAAGAAUACCCGAUUUGUGAAAGUUGUGAUGAACUUGGACAUACGGCUUUGCAAUGUCCAUUGAUCCCGGAACAAGUUGAAGAAGUGAAUCAAGUGUAUGGAGAAAAGAGACCAUUUGACAUGAACUCCAACACUUAUCAUCCGGGAAUGAGAAACCAUCCAAACCUUUGGUAUGAAAAUUCUUCAAAUCAACUCAACCCAAACUUUCAAGGAAACAACCAAAUUAGUGGAGCACCAUUUCAACCAUUCCAAGGCCGAAACUACAACCAAGGGAAUUACCAGGGUGGCCAAAAUCAAGGAUUCAAUCGAGGCUACCCAAGAAACGUUCAACAAGGUAAUAACCAAGGUAGAGCAUCGGGAAGCAAUGAGGUGUCAACCGGGGAAAUUAUGGAGUAUUUGAAGGAAAUGGAUCGAAAGAAUGAGAUUCGGGAUAAAACGGUUGAAUCUUUGCAAAAGCAAGUGGGUCAAUUAGCGGAGGAUGUGUCGGAAUUGAGGAAGAAUCCGGGAAAGCUACCAAGUGACACGAAGAUCAAUCGACAACAUCAAAGUGGCAACUCAAAGAAUGUCAAGAAUGUGGAGAUAAACAAUGCAAGUCUUCUUCGUAGUGGUAAAGUUUAUGAUAAUAAAGUUGUGCCUCCAUCAUCACUUGUUGAUGGUGUGGUGGAGGAUGUUGAUGAUGACCAAGAUAGUGAGCAUGAACCGGAAUUUGUUUUGCCUAAACCAAGUAAAAAAGUGUCUUUUAAAGAGGUAGAAAACAAUAGGUCUAGUGAAAAAUUUUCUGAAAAACAAGGAAAAGAUAUGGAGGGUAAUACCAUUCCUUUUCCUUUGACUUUGAUUGAUCCAAGACUUAGGCCUACACUUAAGAAAAGAGGUCCCCAUGAGGAAGAAAUGUGGGAAAUUUUUAAACAAGUGAAAAUCAAUAUACCUCUUAUUGACAUUAUUAAACAAGUUCCGGCUUAUGCUAAAUAUCUUAAGGAGUUGUGUACCCAAAAACGACAUCAUAAACUUCCAAAGAAGAUUGUUUUGAAUGAGGAAGUUAGUGCCGUUGUGAUGGGUAUACUCCCACCUAAACUCCAAGAUCCUGGAGCACCUUUAAUUACAAUUCAAGUUGGUGAUUUUAAAAUGAACAAGACACUUUUGGAUAUGGGGGCGGGUGUGAGUAUCUUACCGGGUAUGUUGUAUGAUCAAUAUGACUUUGGACCAUUGGAAAAAGUCGACGCCACCUUGGUGAUGGCUGAUUUGUCACUAAAACUUCCAAGAGGAAUUGUCCAAGAUGUCAUAGUGAAGGUGGAGGACUUUUAUUACCCCGUAGACUUUUUGGUUCUUGAUUUUGCACCAAGCGGUAAUGUAAGGCAGCCCAAUGUCAUCAUGGGAAGGCCCUUUUUGGCCACCGCUAAUGCAUUAAUUGAUUGUAGGCGGGGUACGGUUGAAUUAACCUUUGGCAACCGUAAGAUUAGAUUAAAUGUUUUUGCUAGUGUUCCUAACCCCGUAGUUAGUGACGAAUGCUUUAUGGCGGACGUCAUUGAUGAGUGCAUUUCUCAUGAAAGUGAGGAAGACACACGGGAGUCUUGUGCUUUGGUUGACAGGUUGAUUGUGGAGCAUAGUGAGACAUUGAAGAAGGAAGAGAAGGAUUGGGAGAUCAUGGCAAUUCAAGAAGGUAGACCACCAUGGACUCAUUUGGUUGAAAGUCUACCGGAUCACAUUGACACUCAUCUCAAACCUUUCAUUGAAAGUCCACCACAAGUUGAGUUGAAAGAACUCCCAUCUCAUUUGAAGUAUGCAUUUUGGGGAAAAGAAUAA